CUGGGAUGCUGCGUAUGAAAGAGAACUGCAAACUUUUGAAGACAUCGGAGAUACCGGGGAAAUCUGGUUUGGAGAAGAAAGCAUGGUGCGCAUCAUCAGGUGGUUGGAAAGACACAAAGUCCCCCUUGACAGCUCUGUGCUUGACAUUGGAACUGGGAAUGGUGUUCUGCUGGUGGAAUUGGCAAAGUCUGGCUACAUGAAUCUCACUGGGAUUGAUUACUCUCCUUCUGCAAUACAACUGUCAGAGAGAGUGAGGGAGAAAGAAGGGAUGUCUAACAUUAAACUAAAGGUAGAAGACUUCCUGGCUCCAUCAGCUGAGCUGUCAGGCUUUGACAUCUGUAUUGACAAGGGCACCUUGGAUGCCAUCAGCCUGGAUCCCGACGACGCCGUGGGGAAGCGGAAGCAGUACGUGAGGUCCCUGAGCUCUGUGUUGAAACCAGAGGGCUUUUUCCUCAUCACAUCUUGCAACUGGACCAAGGAGGAGUUGCUGAGCGAGUUCGGGGAAGGGUUUGAAAUUCUGGAGGAGCUGCCAACACCCAAGUUUUGCUUUGGAGGAAGAAUUGGAAACAGUGUCACAGCAUUAGUUUUCCAAAGGAAAAAAGCAAAGCCAUCCAUCUUGGACAAAUUAGAUUAGAUGAGAAAAGGCUGAACUUUAAACCUGACAGAAAACCUCAGACACAUGUGUAAAUAAAUGCUUUUUUGAGUGCACAGUGAAAUACUAUGUAUGGAACUCCAAGGGGCUAUAAAACAUUGCCCUAGAAACAUUUCAGCUUUGCAUAACUUGCCCGUAAAUUUUGUCCUUGCUGCAACCCCACUUGUUUUAGGAGGAGCUGCAGGUUUGUGAGUGAGAGGGAAAUAAGACAUUCUACAUACAGACUCCAAUAUAAAGGAGUGUGUUUGAAGCAUAAAGACCUGGUAUUUAAUUUCUGUGUUGGCAAUCAGUGACCAACGGAGGUAAAGGUAUUCUGCAA